AUGGCCCAGCAAACACCCCAAGACACCCUCCUGGCACCAUCUCCGGCACCGCGGCCGCCUCUCGCCAGGCUCUCGUCCAGCCCCGGCCCGAGCCCGCUGCCCAAGUCGGGCAUCGUCGUCUUCUCCGGCGGCAGCGCCACAAACAGCCUCGUCGACGUCUUUGAGGGCGUGCGAGCAGCCAAUGCGGCGGCGACGCUGAGCUACGUGAUUCCCAUCUCGGACAAUGGCGGCAGCACGAGCGAGAUUAUCCGCGUGUUUGGGGGGCCAGGCAUUGGAGAUGUGCGCUCCCGCCUCGUGCGCCUCAUCCCCGACGACGGCAAGCCCGAAACCACGGCCAUCAAGCACCUCUUCAACCACCGCCUGCCCCCCGUCUACGCCGCCGCCCGCGCAGAGUGGUUCGAAAUCGUCGAGGGCACGCACCCGCUGUGGAGGCACAUCUCGUCGCCCAAGCGCGAGCUGAUGCGCUCCUUGUUCAACAGCUUCAACCUCGAGGUCGUCAAGCGCAUGCGGCCCAGCAGCCGCUUCGACUUUUCCGGCUCCAGCAUCGGCAACCUGUUCCUGACGGGCGCGCGCCUCUUCACCGGCAGCUUCGAGGCCGCCAUUUACCUGCUGAGCUCCAUCUGCGCCGUGCCCGACCGCGUGGCCGUGCUGCCGGCGCUCAACACCAACUUUGCGCAUCACAUUGCCGCGGGCCUGGCCGACGGCACCGUCAUCACGGGCCAGAACGACAUUUCGCACCCCAGCGCGCCCACAGCAGCGGUACCUUUACCAAACCCAAGCACAGGGGCCAAUACAGGCGUAAACACGCCGGCCCUGUCGACAAACCACGACCUCGACGAGCACGACUCCAUCGAGGACGCCAACCUGCCCGGCAGCCUGCCCGCCCUGCGCCGGCCCGCCAUCACCUUCUCCAAGGAGGACGAGGAGGAUCUGCCGGCGCGCAUCGCCCGCCUCUGGUACAUCAACCCCUACGGCCAGGAGAUCCGCAUCCCGGCCAACCCGCGCGUGCUCGAGGCCCUCCGCAGCGCCAGCACCGUCAUCUACAGCAUCGGCUCGCUCUUCACGUCGCUGAUCCCCAACCUCAUCCUCAAGGGCGUCGGCGAGGCCAUCGCCAGCCCGCACAUCCGCAACAAGAUCCUCCUCCUCAACGGCACCACCGACCGCGAGACGGGGCCCUCCAGCAACGCCCUGUCCGGACUCGACUUUGUCGCCGCCAUUGCAAAUGCCUGCGCCGACUCACGAGGCCUACCGCGGCCAGUCGCCGAGGACUAUGCGCAGUACGUGACGCACGUUAUUUACAUUGAGGGACCCAAGAGUCCCGCCGUGGACAAGCGCGUGUUUGCGCAGCUGGGCAUCGACACGAUGAGGCUGUAUGGGCCGAAAGACGGGCAGGGCAAGGGCGGACGAUACGAUGCAAAGGCGUUGGCGCAGACGCUGGAGGGCAUUGUUGGGCGCAAGGACAUGCGCUCGGAUAGGAGUCGUCGAAACACGCUGGUUGGAUAGAUGUGAUAUUUUGGGUUUGUACGAUUAGGAGUGUAAGAGUUGUGCGGCAUUUGCAAUAUACCACGAUAUUAUUUUUUGUUUUUCCUUUUUAGUAUAAAAAAGACAUAACAAAGACAACUGCCAGCCCGUGGCACGGUAUCAAACCUGUAACCACCCCCUUUGGAUAUCCCAUCAACCACCAACCAAAAAAAAAACAUACAAUGCUCAUCUCCUUUUAACCCUUUCCUCGCAGUAAUUCUCCACCCUCUCAAUCAGUUUCAGUUUCCUAAAUUCCCAUCAUCCAUUUGUCGUCAUCGAAAAUAUCCCAAAUCAAAAAAAAUCAUCCACUCGCCAUCGCCAGAUAAAUCACCACGGCCGGCCACGCCGCCGACAUGACCAGCGCCAUCAACACCCGCCCGCCCCCAACGCGUAUCCUGUCCUGCGGGCCCUUCCAUCUGUCGACCAGCGCGCAAGUCGUCCAGAUCAUGACCAUCAUGUAAAUGACAACCAGCCACGUGACGCCGAGGAUGAUGUCGGCGCGGCGAUCGGUCGGGCUGAGGACCACCUUGGACAGGUCCGGCUCAAACGUGGAAGAGAGGUUGUUGCCCAUUUUUGAGAUGGUUAUUCGGGUUUGGUUUAAUGUGGUGAUGUAAUGUUGUUGUUGCUUCUCUUAGCAGAUGAGAUUGAAAGUAUGAAAUAUCGUCGUGAUGAAGCGUUAUACGAUUUGUCGCGAAAAAAGAACAAUAUCGCCGUAAAAAUAGAAGAAACUGAUUAAAAGAUUGGAAAAAACCACCCGCCAGCGAGUAUACGGAAUAAAAAAAAGAGAGUGUAGCAAAGUCACACACGCACAACACCGAAAAAGAAAUGAAUGAAGAAAGAGAAGAAAGAAGACGCUUGCGCUGCGCUGCAAGAAGAAGAUAAAAGAGAGAGCAGCAAGACCCUAGGCUGGGCUAAUCAAACAAGACCCAAAACAGUCAAAAAGUUAGCCUCAGUUUCCCCUAUACAUGGGGUAACCCGUCGACAAGUUCGAAAUAACGUACGGGGCUGAAAUUCUCUCUCUCCUCCAGGUAAUUAAAUCGAUAGUAGCAGCUGUAAAAAGGCACCAAAUCCCUAGUCGUAGAAUAAUAACAAGAAGAAGCUUGUGUCGCAGGUGGGACGCUCGUCACACGUUUCGUGUCUCAAAGUCGCGGAGCCGCUGGGAAAAUACGGAAGAGGGGUCUCAGGGCUAUGUAAAAUGAAACAAUGGACUUUUUGCAAAAACUUUGGUUUUCUCGCUUUGCAAAAAUGCAGAUGGAUAAAGAAAGGG